AUUUUGUGUGUGACUUUUUUAGGCAUUAAAUGUGGAGGAGUCCUUUCAGCACCCCAUGGCAAUGUCUCAAGUCCAAAUUUCCCAGGACUCUACCCUUAUGAUAUAGACUGUGUGUGGCUCAUUGUGGUAACAGAAGGAUCAUCCGUUUUGCUCACUUUUCAUCACUUUGACCUCGAAUUCCAUGACAGUUGUGAAUUUGACUACAUCAAAAUCUACAAUGGGGUCUCAGAAGACCAAGGAAACCUCCUCGGCAAAUUCUGCGGUGCAAAUUUCCCUCCGCCAUUUACAUCAUCUUGGAAUGUCAUGACUAUAAUAUUUCACUCAGACAACCAUGUGGCCAGCCAUGGAUUCUCUGCAGUUUUCCAAAAAGACGUUUGUGGAGGUGUACUCACUGGCCUUUCUGGGUCAAUAACAAGCCCGGAUUACCCAGAAAACUACCCCAACAAUGCCCAAUGCCAUUGGGUCAUCCAGGGAACUUCAAAUUCUGUCAUCAAGCUGAUUUUUGUUGACUUCCAGAUGGAAAAUGAUGAGCAGUGCAAUUUUGAUUAUGUGGCUAUCUUUGAUGGUCCCACAAUGGAUCAUACACUUUUGAGUCACUACUGUGGGAAUGUGAAGCCUCCAGAUAUGGUAUCUUCAACAGAAGAACUGUUGGUUGUUUUCAAAUCCGACUUCAAUAUUGCAGGCAGAGGUUUCAAGGCAUAUUACUUUUCAGGUGCAUGUCAGGAGGUAUACACGGCCAUCAAAGGAAAUUUCUCCAGUCCCCAAUAUCCCAGCUCUUACCCCAAUAAUAUCAAGUGUCACUGGACCAUCCAGCUGCCCCAAGGAUAUCGAAUAAAAGUCUUUUUCCUGGACUUGGAUCUCGAGGGGCGGAACAGCCUGACAGAUGGCUGUGAUUAUGACCAUCUGGCUGUGUUUGAUGGAGGCACCGAGAAGGCGUCUCUGCUGGGAAAGUGGUGUGGGAGAGAAAUGCUGCCGCCUAUUAUAUCCUCUCGAAACCAACUGCUCUUGGUCCUUCACACAGACAGAAAUACCGCUAACCGCGGCUUCUCAGUCUCCUACAUUGGAGUUGUUCCCAUGAAUGUCAGCUGCACACGAACAGAAUUUCAGAUCCUAAUCCCCACACAGUCAUUGGCCCCGCUGGAACGAAACAAGAUCUAUUUAGGGAUCCCAUCUUGCCCUGCACAAUUGGUUGGCCUGAACUUUAGGAUACAUGCAAGGUUUGAAACCUGUGGUACAGAACCGCAAAAAAGAAAUAACACCUCUGUGAUAGUCAGCAAUCUAUACAUUGACUUUUCAGAUGGAAAUCAAGAAGACAUUCACCAAUAUGAAGUCCAAUGUGAACCUAAAAGGAAAGAGGCCUCUGUGAAUCUUAUCUCGGGCUCGGAUCCCUAUAGGUUGAACCAAUACGCUGAAAACCUGGUAGAGUCCCAGCAGGAUGAUGUAGAGGCAGCAGACGCAUAUGAGACCAAAAGCCAGGACACCAGUGAUAUCGUCUUCAUCAGCAUCUGUAUUCUUGCUGGUGUCCUUAUGGUGAUCGCGAUUGUUGGAUUAGUUUUGCUGUAAGGAUGUUUAUGCUUGGACUUCAUCCAUCAACAGAAACUGAAGCCUCUUUGUGCCUGAAUACCCAUUCAGUUUUUGUGCCAGCUACUUAAAGCAUGCCUGAGAGGCUAUGAGGUCUGGAGUCAGAUCCGGUGGCUGUUUUCAAUGACACCUCACAUCUGCAGUGCCAGGUCGUUCUGGACUCCGGCCAGCCUGCAUCUCAACAGACCUUGCUCAAAAUCACAGUCAUAGUUUGGGCAAUUCCAGAUACUACUGCCAGUUGAAUUCCAUCUAGUGUUCUCAUUUGUUCUCUCUCUCUCUCUUUUUUUUUUCUUUUUUUUUUCUUUUUUUCUUCUUUAUUAUGGAUAGAAGAAAACUGUACAAAAGCAGAUGUUAUGUAGAAGUUAUAUGAAGACUGUCACAUCAUCUGAGUCCCCUGAUGGGUGACAAGGGCAGGGUAGAAGUGAUGUAAUAAAUAAAUAAAUAAAUCUGGUCCUGUUUACAAUUUUGUCAAUGAGGAAGAGCAAUUUUAAAUAAAGGUAACAUCUGGAAGCAA